AUGAAUGAGGAUCUCAUCAACAGUGCGGUGAGUUUUCUCAGCGACCCCAAUGUGGCGUCGUCUCCAUUGACCAAGAAAGUAGAGUUUUUGGAAUCCAAGGGUCUCAACCAGCAAGAAAUCGAAGAAGCGUUGAACAGAGCCAAUGCGAGUCAUCUGACGACAAUUACAACUGGGGUUUCUAGAGCGCCUACAGCACCUGAGCCACAACCACCUAUUGACUACUACAACAUGGCUCCUCCGCCUCUUCCGGAAAGAAGUUGGAAAGACUAUUUUAUCAUGGCCACUGCUACUGCCGGAGUCACCUAUGGGUUGUACCAAGUUGUCUCCAAGUACUUGAUUCCCAGCAUAAUACCCCCUUCUCAGUCGUCCAUUGAAGAUGACAAGGCGAGGGUGGACGAGGAAUUCAUCAAAAUUGACAAAUUAUUGGAACAGUUGUCUACCGAUCAGAGCGACAUCAAGGAGCAGAAUGAGAGCAAAUUGAAGGAAAUUGACGUAGUGAUUGAAAAUGUCAACGAUUUCUUAGCCAAGUACAACAAGGACAAGCUCAGCUUUGACGAUGAUCUCAGGUUGAUGAAAUCAGAAAUACAGAAUUUGAAGAACAGUGUGGAGAAGAACAUGGACAUGACAAAGGACAGUGUCAAAUUCGAGUUGUCUGAAAUCACUGCUGAACUCGACUCCCUCAAACAACUUCUCCGUUCCCGUGGUGCCAUCUCUUCUGAAACUAAGGGCGAUGGUCCAUCUAGAAAAUUGGCUCCAGUAUCCUCGAUUCCUUCAGCCAGCGAUAUUUUGAAGCGAGCCAAAGAAAAGAAAUCGGGCACAAAAGAGUCUGAGGCUUCGGAGAAGACCGCCAAGGAAGAGAACGGUUCCACGAAAAAGCCUGAAGUUGCUGAAGCUGCAAGCAACGAAAAAUCUGAACCUUUCACUGCUCCCGGCAUCACCAAACCAGUAUCAGUGGGCGGGGUCACUGCCGCUGGAAUCCCUGAGUGGCAGCUUAAAGACAAGGAAAAACAGCUUGAGGAGCCAAGUGCUUCGAUUCCUAGCUGGCAACAACAGCAGAAGAAUUCUAAUGAUAUUGUGAAGGAUAACAUCGCCAACAUUGGUGUUCCACUGUGGCAGCUCAAUGCACAAAAGAACACCGAGGAAGAGGCAACACAGUAA